UCAGAGAGUGGGACAGCAUUAUGCAGGAUAAGUUGGGGUGGGGUAAGGAAAAGAAUUCAUCCCUAAAGGCGGGACAGUUCCUACUGACAAGUAUUCACCUCUGAUUCAAUAACACCGCGCCCCGACUUCUCCCCCUUUCACAAUCUCGUGUAAAGGAGUCUGCAUGUCUUAAACACCAUUUCUGAUAUUAUAGCCAGAACUCUCCCUCUCCCGCAGUAUUAUGUUACACCCCUCCUCACCCAAUCACAGCGCUCCCCAAAAUCCUCCUGCCCGCUCCCCGCUAUAAGAGCGCCGGCCGACCCACUCUGGCAGACACCUUUCCCUCUCUGUGGUGCACUAGAUUUACCGUUAUACCAGCCCACACCCCUACUGCAGGCCACUCUUCUUGCGACCUGUGGUAUUUGUUGAUGUUGUAGCCAGUUCAGCGGAUUCAGGUCAGGGGUUAUCAAGGUUCUACAGAAGAUAUAUAAAAGUUUUGGAAGAGACGAUGCGGGAAGAGGGCUCCUCCCCAAUGGACAGUGCGGGGAACAGCGAGGAGGAGACCGAGCGUCAGCUGCCGCGGAGAGGCGCGAGGAAGCGCCGGCCGACACGGAGGUGCGCGGACGACGAGGAGGAAGGAGACGUGGAGAGCCCGAGUCCUGGGAAGAAGAAAUGCAGAAAGAGCUGCGACGGAGGAGUCGGCAGCGCAGGGAGCGGCGGCAGCGAAGGCAGCAGCAGCCCCGAGCCUUCCUUCGAUGACCUACAGACACAGCGCGUGAUGGCUAACAUUCGCGAGCGGCAACGGACGCAGUCCCUCAACGAAGCCUUCACGUCGUUACGUAAGAUCAUUCCCACCCUCCCGUCGGACAAACUCAGCAAGAUCCAGACGCUGAAGCUCGCGGCCCGGUACAUCGACUUCCUGUGCCAAGUUCUACAGAGCGACGAGCUGGACGCGCGAGGGACCAGUUGCAGCUACGUGGCGCACGAGCGCCUGAGCUACGCGUUCUCGGUCUGGAGGAUGGGGGGUGCGUGGUCCUUGUCUACUACGUCCCACUAGCAGGGCUCCUCUGGAUGGUGCAGCACGAUCAUCCAUUCUGGAGAAAGACAUGAUCAAGCCCUUCGAGUAGACUGAAACAGGCCAAACACAGGCAGAGGCCCAGCCGCUGUGCUUCAGGCCUCAGAGGAGAGCGGGCUUUUCAUAUUUCCCAUUGCAUGGACUGUAAUGUUUGCAAGGGAGCACUUAGGACAGGCAGGACGGAUAUGAAGAAAGAAAGACCACUGCGACUAUGAAUGUUGUAAAAACAAAAUGAGCUCUGAGGAACUGCUCUGUUUUGAAACACGAGAGAAAAAUGACAAUUCAUUCCACAUUCCCUGUGACAACGUUUCACAGCAAAUGAAGAAUUCUGUAUUUAUUUUUCUACACAUGUUCGAAAUUCCUUUCCCCGCUCAAAUAAAGGUUAUUUAUUUUUGGGAUAUCUCAGAAUGCUGAAUGGAUCUGGAGUCUGCACAUUUUGAGUGUUGUAAAUAUUUGGCAAUAUCUUGAAUUAAAAAUGAAAGUAUUCUUACCUCUCAGUUGUCUCGAUAU